ACCGACUCUCCUCAGUCUGACACCAUAGGAGCUGCCUAGUUCUAUAUGGCCACAAUGACCACGUCUGAAGAUUCCAGUGCUGCUACCAUUCGUUGUCAGGUUGUUGAGCUGCCAAACUAAGCUAUGCCGCAGACCGCCGCUUUGUGCUCGGGUUUUGAUAGCAACAGUGAUAAUGGAAGAUUCUCGUACAGUGUGCCGACGCCAUUAAUCUCACCACAUUAGUACUUUUACAUUCAGCCGCUCUUCUUUCUGAAUCCUGAUCCACUGAUGCACUAUCUUUCACUCGUAAAAAGGAAAUGUGACAGAGCAUUCGUAGAGUAUGUGAACUCCUCGUUCUAGAUAUUGAGCUACAACAGUCAUUUUACACUCGUGGAUAAGAUGUAGCUACGUAUGUAUAUCCUUUGCGUUAUUUGCACGAAUGUCUGCUGGAUACCUACAUAGGUACCUAUGUACCUAGGUAGGUAGGUAGAUAAGAAAGAGAAGCGUCUUAGAGCCAGCGGUAUCUUUACGAUCUAUGCAUUGGACAAAGUCUUCCUGGGGUUGUUUUGGAAUAUCAGGCUUGGGAUCUAUCGUGGAAUCUAUCUUGGAAUCUUCCAGAAGUCGGCUUCACGCUAUCUCUCAACCAAUUGUGACUCCAUCAACACGUCACGUGGCGCGCUAGGACGCACGUGGCUUCAAAGGUAUAUGAGCAAACAACAACACAGCUUUCGACACUCGUGUCUGUCACAUCAAUACACCUCCCCCUCCGCUCCGCCCCCAAGCAAUUCUCUUCUCCAAUUCAUACCAACUGAUUAGCAAUGACAGGACGCUGGACUCGUGGCAUGGGUCCCAGCCCUUUCGAUCUCCCAGGCCGCAGCAACUCUCAGGCCAAUCGUGUACGUGGCGGUCAAGGCGGACGCGAUGGACACGGUGGACACGGUGGGCGCGGUGAUCAUCAAGGCCCUCAAGGCCAUUACUAUGGCGAAGACAACUCUGAGUGGGGGCUUUCCACUCCCUACUAUUGGCCUUCUCCAAUGUUGUAUCCUCCUGGCCCUUCACCUAGUCAUUCAGCCAGCCCCUCACUCGAGGAUUCUCGUGGGGAGUCUUCUCGGGAGCUCCCUCGAAAAAGGUUCCGCUACAAGGAUAGACCAACUGUACCGAACAAUCCUGAGAUGUUUCGACCACCUCGCCAUUACACGGACCAAUCGAAACUUCCUGAAGGUGCUGCACGCCAACUUUGUAUGAAUUGCUUCCUGCCUUCGAGCCCGGGCCACAACCAUCGGAGCUGCAACAAGCAGUGUGCUUUAUGCGGGACUACUGGCCACCAUGGUCAAGUUUGCCCUCACCUCUAUCUAUCUUGGAGCUACCAUAACAAGAUAGGUUCGCGCCCAGUUAAAAACCAAGAAAUUCGGAUCCGACCAACCGAAUUGGAGGUCACUCAGCUUCUACAGGCAGGGCAUGAUUGGGCAGCCAAAAUCAAGCCUGUCUCAGAACUUCGGGCCGCUGCUGAGCUGGAGCGCGAAGAACAAGAAGAUUUGCCUGCUAAUGCAGAUCGCCAGGCCAAAACUCUUCAAGACAAGGAGCUGGAGCGCGAAGAGAAAGAAGAACUGCCUGCUAAUGCAGAUGAACAGGCCAAAAAGCAAGACAAGGAGCUGGAGCUCAGGGUUCAGAUGCUCCAGGAAGAGACUGCGCGUCUCCAGCGCAUUGUUCGGGAGCUCCAGGCUUGGAAAGAAGAUUCAGCUCCUAUGGCGAUGGACGAGAAGAUGGAAGAGGCCAACGCUGAUGACGCUUGGAAAGAAGAUUCAGCUCCUAUGGCGAUGGACGGGAAGAUGGAAGAGGCCAACGCUGAUGACCUGUUCGACAAACAUGUGAAAGAGGCCAAAGCAAAAUUGCUUUUCGCCAAACGGGGGGUGGAGAAUCUGGAGGCAGUUUUCGGGACUUCCGGAUAG